AUGGCAUACUGGCAUGACGUAUAUACCACAUUAUAUUUUGAGAUGUCCAGAGAUUUUAAGUUGUGUCUCCUAUGGUUACUUUUUGCUCUAUUUUCUUACUUACUGUACAAGACAUUUGACUUUGGUUACUUCCAUGGUGUUACACACUCCCAUCCUGAGUUAUCUCCUUUGUGCAAACGAAUGUGGAAUGCGGACAAGAAUCGUCUCUUCCCAGGGGUUGACUACAAGAUAAAUCCACAAGGAGAGAUCUCUCAAAAUUCACGUCAGGAUCGUGCUACCUAUUCACUUUUUACCUGGGUGGACCCAAGAGUGUUUGAGCGUCCAACGUUUAAAAGUUGGUGACAUAUUUAUAACACAUUUUUACACUCCUGCACUCUAGUUUAGUUAACCCAUACGAUAUGUUAAUAAGACCCCAGUAGGAUUCAAACUGACGAGGGGUAUUCUACAAAGUUCUAUACGGAGAGGCUCCACCCUGAGGUCCAACCCAUUUUUGACAGAAAUUGUACCCCUUUCAUAUACCUACUGCUGACAAAUUGUGUCCCUCACAUACUCCUCCUGUUUGACAUACCUAGUAUAAGUGGUUUUCAUGCAAUCUCGGGAGACACAAAUAACAAUGGUGAAAUGAACAAAUGCUGGUGGACAAAUAAAGUGAGCUAGUGAGCAAUCUUUUGUUUACUGUCCACCAGCAUGGCAGCAAUGACGUAACGUGAAAACGACCUAUAGUCCUUUUGCGUCAACCCCUUUUAACUGCUGUAAAUACACUGUCUUUAAACAUGGAAAAAUCUCGAAACCAGACACACACGUGAAAUGCAUCUGUAAAUUAUGUAAGCCCUGGCCUUUUUAUGGAUGAAAAUGACAAAUUUCUGUACCUUUUCAUAUACUCAAACUAGUAAAGUCCUUACCCUUUGAUAUACCUGAAUCCUGAAAAAGGUACCCCUUUCAGGAAGAGCCUUAAUUAUGGUAUAGGCCAUUGUAGGGAGUAUCCCCAGGCCUCCUUGCAGGUGCUGCUCAUGGUUAAAGUGGUAUGCAUGUCUCAUGUCAGCGCCAUAGCUAGUAUGAGGCCAACCGAGGCACUCGCCUCGGUAAAAUUUUGACGAAUGUCACCGAUCAUUUUUAUUUUACGUAAGCGAUCAUCGGAUAUUUUUAACGCAUCAUGAUACUACAAAGAAUUCAGCAAUUCAGUCAAUAUACUAUGAAAAAAUUACCAUAUCAUUGAUCUCAAGGGGCUACGUACGUUAACCCAAAUUUUUUUUGAACAAAUACUGAUCAAAACCAUUGGCGAGGUUAACGGUCACCCAGAUUAUGUGGCUUGUUUCUGAUUAUUGCUUUUUAAAUUCCACUUAAAUUAACUCGGAAAAAAGUUACCAAAAGGCCCAGAAAAUGCUGCAAAUCGCAUUUCCGAGAGACUAAAGUUCAAAAUUUCUCGGGGGGGGGGGCAUGCCCCUGAACCCCCCUAGCAACUCCCGCCUGCCUCGGUUGGCCGUUUGGUCUGGCUACGGCACUGCAUGUGAGCCUGUGCUGGCCAGCUCCCAUGCUUUAGCUAUGAUUUUUAGCCUGACGGUUAAAAGACCUCAGACUUUUAGACCAUAUUCUUAUGUUUGGUGGAAAAAAUUGAGCUCACGGAUAAAAAUCUCAGGCCUUUGACUCAAAAAGUUUGGCAAUUAAAACUUGAUAUAUAUAUAAAUGGCCUAGCUGUCUCCUUUGAGCUGACCGUGGCUGUCAAAGCACCCGACCUGGGCUAAGUAGGUCACAGUCUCAAAUCCUAUGAAAGAUUCAGUUUGCUGAUUUGUCCACCGAAAGCAAAGAUCUUUUUACUUCAGUUCAUCAAUAACCAAGGUGAAAAUCGGGUAUCUUCUUGUAAGUAUAAUGACUUUUCUUUUUUUUAUAAUCUUUAGCAUUCAUAGCUCUGUUGGACAACUAUGAAAGUGAAACGGGGCGAGAAGAGGUUGUCACUCAACAAGAAAAGGGUGAAAAUCAACAUUUCAUCGAUGCCAUCUAUGAAACAGAACCAAUGAAAAUUGCUCAUGAGUACUUGGCAGGCAAGGGGCUUGUAGAAGCAGGUCAAAGUCAGUUCAAAAAGCAAUUGUAUGAUAUGUGGUUUACAAUGUACAGUAGAACAGGUGAUAAAAGGUGAAUAGGUUAUUUUUUUGUUUUCUAAAAGCCUCUUACAUCACAGAGGAUUAGGGGUAAUAUAAAAUAAUAAUUUAUUGACAGUUAAAUCAAGAAUCAAGCAACAUAAUUAAAUGGCAGUUAAAGGGUGACCUGAAUCAGAAGUGAUUAACAUCCAAUUUCUCCUUGUAAUCUGUAUGUGUUAGGUUGAACUGUAUAACCAUUUUUCUCCCAACCAUAUGCCCAAUGUUAACGUUCAAUUCUAAAUUUCAAUAAUAAUGAUAAUCAUAAAGUUAUUUUUUAAUAUUUUUUCUAUCAUUAAUAUUAAAAUAAUAGAAAAGAAGAUAUUAAAUUGUUAAUAAUAAUUAUGCUAAUAGUAGCACAAAAAAGGCACCAUCAGUCUGGGGGAUAACUGGUAGUGGAAAAAAUGUUAAUUACAUAGUAGUUCCUUGGCCUCGAUGAUGACUUUGUCCAGUUUCUGAUACAUGAUUGUUUUUUUUUUUGUUAGAAUGCAAGCACAAAGAGAAUGGAUUGUGUUUUGAUUCUUAGCAAGCUGUUGAGUUUAAUUGUGGGGAUCACUCGAGGAGUCGGGGGGGGGGGGGGGGGCCCAAAAAGUUUUUAAAUGGGGAAGGUGGGUCCCAAAACACAACCCCUUCCCCUUUUUAUAUAUUUUUUUAACCUUUUUUAUUAUCCUUUUUUUUACAAUAGGUGCCCCAUCAAACUCACUUAAUAUUAAACUCAACAGCUUGCUAAGAAUCAAAACACAAUCCAUUCUCUUUGUGCUUGCAUUCUAACAAAAAAAAAAACAAUCAUGUAUCAGAAACUGGACAAAGUCAUUAUCUAGGCCAAUGAAUUACUAUGUUAUUUACAUUUUUUUUAUUAUCAAUUAUUCCACAGAAUUAUAAUUAUUUUUUUAUGUUAAUAAUAGCAUAAAUAUUAUUAGUUUUUUUUUUUUUUUUGAAAAGUUUUUUUUUUUUUUUUGGGGGAUAAUAAAAGAGGUGGGGGGGGGGGGGGGUUGCUCAAUAAGUUUUUAAAUGGGAAAGCUGUGCUCCAAAAUCCAACCCCUUACCCUUUUAUAUAUAUUUAUAAACCUCUUUCAUAUACCUUCUUUUGACAAAUGGUACCUCAUGCACAUACCUUAAGAACUUUGAAUCGCCUUUAACUGCUGGAAGUGUACUGUCUUUUAAAUCUAAAUAAAUCAAAAAACCAGAACAGAUUUACCUACCCUUUUAUAUACUUCAGUAACUGAAACUCCCUUCCAUUUGAUAUACUUGAAGCCUAAAAAAGGUACCCCUUUUGGGGGGAGCCUCCCCCUAUAGGACAUUUUGACUGUAGUAACAAAUAAAAAUUAUUUUCAAUAGCUUUAAAGAUUCAUCUGGCUUUGAGCAUGUAUUUGUGGGGGAGUCACAGAAAAAAAAGGCUAAUGUGGCUGGCUUUCAUAACUGGAUUCAAUUCUACUUGCAAGAGAAAAAAGGCUUGCUUGACUAUAAAGGCUUCUAUCCAAGUCGGAGAGUAAGUACUGUCACUACAAAACCGUACCAUUCUCUGUUCCUGUCAUGAUAGCUAAUCUCUCAUUGUAAUAUAUUUGAAGAUAAGGACAUUCAAAAAUACACUCAAACCUCUAUGUGCAACCACCUCCCAUAACUGCUGUAAGCGACCACUUGUCCAAAACACCAACAUUUUACCAGUCAAAGGCUUAUAGUAGGAAAUUCUCGUAAAUGAGCACCUUUUGUAAGUGUAUGAGAAGAACUUUUGGAAACAACAUGGAUUUACAUAUAUAAUAUUUUAUAAAAUAGCUAAGACAGUACGCGCUUUCUGAUUGGUUAAAAACCUAUGGUUUAUUGUGCCCGUAAACUCAUAGUUUUACUUUAAGUUAUUUUAUGAAAGCAAUAGACCACACUUUCUAUGGGUUUACUGCUAUGGGUUUACUGGCGUGAUAACCCACUUGGGAUGUUGACGUGGGUUAUCACGCUGGUAAACCCAUAGAAAGUGUGGUAUAUUCCUUAAGUAACCUUCAACUUGCAUGCAAUACAUUCAGUCCAAAACUAGAGAUGUUCGGGCUUCUCCUCAUAGAAGACUUCCUGCAGUUUGACUCUCGUAAAGGACCACCUCCCAUAGGCGACCACUGCGUAUUUUGGGUCGUCGCUUACGGGACGUUCAACUGUGCAGAAAAUAUGAACUUUGUGUCAAUGACUCAGAACGUUUUAAUGUCGAUUUAAAAUGUUUUUGUAAACUUGAAGCUCUCUUCACUUAGUAAAUAGAGUCUGUUUAUUCAAGUGAAUCAAACUGUAUGUAUAGUCUCUUUAAUUCCAGAUUGAUGGUACUUUUUCAUGGUGAUGCCUAAAAUUUGCACCCUUGAGAUGUCCAGAAAACAUUCAUUCUUGGCCAAAUGUUAAUUUUUCAUACUCUUUCCAGGGGCGGAUCCAGGAUUUUUUUUAGGAGGGGGUGCACUCGUCUCUUGCUAUACUUCAACACCAAUAAACCACAUAGUUUUUUGUUGGCAGAAUACCAGUUGUAUUAUAAAACCGCAGGUCAUCUCAGGGAAGGGGGGGGGGGUGCGCACCCCCUGCACCCUCCCCCUAGAUCCGCCCCUGCUUUCCAGACAAUUUCUCAUCUGUUGGGCUACAUGGUCAUUUUGGUGAAUAGCUAAUACCACAUUUUAUUUCAUACCUAAACUUAAUAGCAUUAGGUAAGACAUGAAAUUAGCUGUGGAAAUCUGUCAGGGGGACCCAACGACGGUUUCUCCUAAAUACGUUGAAAACACCUUUUAGGCUUUGCAGAGUACUUUAACAUUUCCAGAGAUGCAUUCUUAGCGGCGCUAUAGUAUUUGUAUCUUUUCUGUCAGGGGCACCCAACGAGAAUAUAGUUCAAAACCACUUAAACAUAGCAUUGUUCAACGUAUUUUAGUAUUUAAACGGUAGAUAUAGGCAUAUUUUUAUCCCCCAAAAAUUUUUCAUCUGUUCGGAUUUCCUAGCUGAAAGUCUAGUGAUCCGAAAAUUAUAGGGAUCAAAACUUACCUUUUCGAAAAUUUCAGCCAGAAAAAAGGUUCCCGAAAAUUCUAGGUGACCUUUUUAGAGUAAAAUUCCGUUAAAAAUGGGAAAUUAUACAAUUUUUUAGAUGUUCGAAAAUCCUGGUAGAGGCAGGCAAGCAACAAAUUUUACAACAAAUUUUCUGAAAAUUCUAGAUGUCAAAUCGUCUUCCGAACAGAUAUUUUCCGAAAAUUGACGUUGGGUGCCCUUGUUCUGUCAUCCUGGGGGAACUUGAGUCUUUUCGAAAUUGCAAGGGCGUCAGUAUUAUUUCCCGAAAAUUUUAGAUGCAAUUUAACAUAUUACGAAAGUGAGAAGUUUUCUGAUUCCUCUCUCCAUCACAUUUUUGAAUCCAAAAAUUUUAGGAUUCGUUUUUUGUCCGAAAGAUAUCCUAAUCCGGGCAGUGAAAUGUGAAAAAUUAAAGGUUCAGAAAAUCGUAGGGAAUUUAUUAGAUAAACUUCGAAGUUGUACCUGAAUGGAAUGGUCAACUAGAAAUUAUUAGCGGUCAUCAAGUUAUAGAAAUUGAAAACUAUUCUUGGCAAUAUUCGCUUCUCCGAACAGAUGUUUUACAGAAAACAGUCUUUGGGUGUCCCUGAUCUGUUAGUGUUUUAUGUAAUAAUAUUAAAACAGUAAUAAUACAACUCAAUUGUCUUGUUUUUUCCUGACAGGAAAAGCACAUAACUAGUGACGAUUGGAGCAUGAAUAAGCCUCUUACUGUGCGGUUCAAUUGGAAAGGUGAUUUAAAACGGAUUGGCGGCAGCUUCAUUGGCACUAGCCCUGAAUUUGAAAUGGCGCUGUGUACAGUUUGUUUCCUGGCUCGGAAAGGAGAUGGGCGUAUCGACCGUAUUGAGCUUGAUCACUACGAUGUUAUUGUCAAAGCUCAUCGCUUUGGAGCAAACUUACUGAGUACCUGCUAUCCGAUUAAUAAGUGA